AUGCCAUGGUAUGUGGUGCAAUACUUCUCACUCAUCAAAGGUUACAAACCGUUGCAAGAAGAAUGGAAUUACACAGGUAAACCUAUUGUGGUGGCGGUUGAUGCUCGUGGAAAGAUUAUAAACAAGAACGCAUUGCACUUGAUCUUUGUGUGGGGCAUUUCAGCCUUCCCAUUUAGAAUUGAGGACGAGGAAAGAGUUUCCCAGCAUUGGAACUGGCUUUGGAUUGAAGCAUUUAAGAUUAAUGCUGAUAUUCAAAAAUGGGUGAGGCAAUACAAUGGGUACGUUUUCUUCUAUGGAGGUACAGACAUCACAUGGACUCAAAGGUUCGGCAAUCUUAUUGAAGCUAUGAAAAAGGACCCCAUCAUCAAACAAACAGAAUCAUACAUUGAACACUUCAACCUUGCAAAGGUUGACAUAGCAACUCAAACCAAGUUUUGGUUUAACAUAACCAACUCAUUCCUCAGCAAGACUCAAAAGGUUGACUUUAACCUUGACUCCACUCUCAAAGACAUUCAAACUCUUCUCUCCAUGAGAACCGAGAGGGGAUGGGCUCUUGUGAGCAAAGGCGAGAAUGUAAUCUUAAUUGACUUCAAUGAAGUGAUGAUGAGUGUGGUGGAAGGCUUCGAAAACUGGCGAACCAACAUAUCGAUGUCGAUAAGCUUCGACAUUGCUUUUAAGGACUACUAUGAUCAUGUUGGGAGGACUGUCCCUCGCCAUUGUCUCCAUUUUCAACUGGAGAACAUUCGCUCCGGCGUUCCUACUGCCUUCAAUUGCCCUGAUUCGACAUGUGGCCUGAAGAUGGAGAUUGAGUCUGUUAAGUACAAAUGUUGCCACGGCAUGCAUUAUGACGAACAUGCAACCGAAAAUGGUUCACUUGUUCCUAUAGCCACCGGUUCCUUGCAGACAACCAAUGAAUAUGUUACCACCCCAAUGUCCAAGAAUAAAUUUACUUAA